CGCGAAGUUUUGCGAGCCGUACGCUCGACAGCCUGAACGAUCGGCUACGAGACUCUGCGACACGUCGCGUACGAACCAUUCCUAAGGCGUGAGCUGAUUUCCAACGAACGUCGGCCUGCCCUUGGGGCCGCAAGGCUGCUCAGAGUGAUUGGGUGCUCAGCUGCAAUUUUGAUAGGCGGCCCGCACGACUGCGAUGCGAGCUCUCACAUUCCUCCUCGUCCUCACCGCCGGCUGCAGAGCCGAGAACGCCACCAAAAACGCGACCGCGAACGCGACGGGCGCGGCGACGUCGACGCUCGUCGAGCUCGAUGAGAAGAAGCCGCGCCGCCGCCCGAAGAAGACGGCCGAGAAGACGCUGGACCAGCUCUUGGAGCAGCUGUUUGAAGCCAACUCCGUCCAAUCCGCGGCCGCGGCGACACCGGCCCAAAAGAAGAAGCGGCGCAAAAAAGCGAAGGACCUCGACGUAAGUGACGACUCCGAAUCUUUGGAGGCCUUCGUGAACAAGCUGCUGGCGAGCGAUAAGGAUGACAAGGACGACGCGGUCUCGAAAAUAUUUGGCGCGGGAGACCUCGCGGGUUUGGAGGCCGAGCUGUCCAAGCAGGCGCGCGAGCUCGCGGAUUUACUGAAACCGACAAAAACAAAGAAGAACUCUGGUUUUCGAACGGUCGAGAUCUCGACGGAAGAUCUGGCCAAGCUCUUCCCGUCCGCAAACGACCAGAAGGUCCAAGUGCAACUGGGAGACGGCCAGGUCUUCACGGUCGACUUCGACGGUGAUAUUCAAAAGUCAAUAUUGCAGAAGAGCAAGAAGAACCCGGUGCCGACCGUCGCCGCGUUCUUGGAAAGUGUCUCUGGCAGGCAGACCGACAAUUUCGACUUUCCCUGCUCCACGGAACCCUGCGCCGGCGUGUGUAUCGUGGGCAGCGGGUCCCGCUAUAUUGAUGGAUGGUACGCGCGCGGGCCCUGCGCGGGCGAGGUGUGUACAUAUAUACAGGGAGACGUCACGCUUUCCCAGUUCACGCAGCCCUCCGGCACGUCGCACUGGUUCGUCUCGAACGAGCGUAAUCCCGAGACGCCCUCGGACGACGUCGACUAUUUGCGGACGAUCAAGGCCGGCGCUUCCCAGAAACCGCCCGAGGCCCGCUCGGCGUGGGGUAUUGUGGAUCGCGCGUCCACCGUCGCGCACGCUGAAUUAACAGAAGAGGAGGCUCGGAUCAUAGCGUCCGACUGGCCGACGCGCGCGCCCUUUGUCUUAAGGGCGCAGCGCGGCACGGUGUGUCAGGACGCGCUGGAGAAGUUGUCUGGAGAGGACGUGCCCGCGUUACUAGAUGCUUUAUUGGACGGGUCUGCGGAAGGUUUAAAGCGCGUCGAGCGCGCGCUGUCGCGUCUGGCGAAGCCGGAAAGCUGGAAGUCAAUUGCCGCGACGUGGCUCCUCAAGGUGCUGGACGACGGGACCCUGGAGGAUAUUCUGGAUGGGGCGGACGCGCAGUACCGGGAAGACGUUUUAGUAUUAGCGGCGGUCGGCGUCGCCGUGCUCACGGCGUUCCUCAUGCUGGCGCUCUGGCUGGGCCGGCGCGUCCUCUUUGAAAAUGUGGAUAGGCCGUUCUUCGACCAGCGCGAGAAUGAUGACAUACUCGGCGUGGCGCCGACGCCGCAGAUCGGUGGCGAGGGCUGGGCGUCGGAGUCCGAGGAUGACGAGCCGCGGGAAGUUACUUUUGACCCUGUGCCACGGACAGAGUGGCGGGCGGUGUUGAGGAGAUUCGAGGGCCAUUUCGUCGUGCCCGUCGCGCUGCUCCUCCUGAUGAUUCUGCGGGAGGCCGCCGCGACGCCUUCACAACUAACAUCAGCCUUCGUGAGCGCCUAUCAGAAACAUCCGCGAGUGGUGGUUGCGCUCGCGCUGAACGCGAGUUUGAGGUUCGCUUUAUCUGUCGUCGCGCUCACGCGCCACAUCAUUUCGUGGGUCGGAGCCGACGACUGGCGCGGCGCGACCAAGGCCGCGGGAGACGAGGCCUUGUGGUUGAUGGCCAUCGCGCUCGCGCGCGACCUGCGCAAGGGAGAAGACGGCCUGGACGAGUCGCUCCGCGACGCGUUCCUCGGGGCUUUGGUUGCCGGCGCGGUCGCCCUAGUGGCGAAGCUCUGCCGGGCGCGGGCCGCGCGGCUCGCGCUCGACGAGCCGCUGGAGGCGAGCUACGCCGCUGUGUAUAAACGCGUCCGCGCGCAUCUAGUGCUGCUGCUCUGCGUCCUGCUCCUCGAGGGCUUCGUCGUCGGCGCUUCUGUAUACUACUUCCGGACCAUGGAAACCGGAGCUUUCUGGCGCUACUCCCUACCCCGGAAAUUAAGGGCAGCAGCGCUCUGCGCGCGUACUGUCAGCAGAACGACGCAAGUCUUCCUGCACGUCUGCUGCACGUUGAUCUUCGGCAAGGACGCGAUGCUCGUCUCGGCGCUGCGGCGGCCGACGCGCGAGGCCUUCGCCCUCGAGUGGCGCUUCCACGCGCGCGCGAAGCCAUCUCCAAGACGGGCCGUCGCGUCGUACUACUGCGAGCUGUGGUGCCACUGUAUCGAACUCGUCGUGGCGCUGGCGUGGUACGGCUACGAGCUGAUCCGCGGCGCGCUCGAGCCGACGGCCGGGUCGGUCUUAUUCUCGCUGUACGCGCAGCACGCGUUUGGGAAGCUGCGGGCGAAAGUCGCCUACCACCGCGAGUGGCUCCAGCUGAACACGAGGGCGAAGGACGAGCGCGCGCUGUUCGUCCCGGCGAGCGAAGCCGUCGUCGAAAGGUACGACGAUAUCUGCGUCAUCUGCCACGACAAUUUCGAGGUCGACGGCGCGCGGCGCCUAAGGCGGACGACGCCGAUCAAGCUGCCGCGGUGCGCGCAUUUAUUACAUAGGGGGUGCCUCGAGGUGUGCCUCGAGAACGCGCACCGGACGCUGCGGCCUUUGGUGUGUCCCAUUUGUACCGCGCCGAUGCGGCGGGGGGAGGCGGCGCCGGAGCCCGUCGUGGCUCCGGGACCGGACCUACCCGUUGUUGGGGAUUUCGCCGCCGCGGCUCCCGAGGAGGAAGUUGAGUAAGUUUUUUGUCUGUUA